CAAAUAAUUUGAGGUUUCUAAGUACCCUAUCUACAGCUGCAAUAUGGCCUCAAGAAAAGCUGGAAAGAAGGGACCCAAGAAGAGGGCCGCCCGUGCCACCUCCAAUGUCUUCGCCAUGUUCGAUCAGUCUCAGAUCCAGGAGUUCAAAGAGGCAUUCAACAUGAUUGAUCAGAAUAACGACGGUUUCAUCUGCAAAGAGGAUCUUCACGAUAUGUUGGCUUCAUUGGGACAAGAGCCCACUGAUGCUUACCUUGAGGCUAUGAUUGGGGAGGCUGCAGGACCAAUUAACUUCACUAUGUUCUUGACAAUGUUCGGAGAAAAACUAAACGGGACGGACCCAGAAGAAGUUAUACGGAACGCUUUCGCGUGCUUUGACGACGACAGUACAGGGGUGAUACACGAAGACAGGUUACGUGACUUGAUGACAACUAUGGGUGAGAGGUUCACUGACGACGAGGUUGACGAGAUGUACAGAGGUGCACCAAUCAGCGAGGAAGGAAUGUUUGACUACAAUGCUUUCGUUCGAAUGAUCAAACACGGCUCUAAAGACGAGUAGAUAUUCUAGAUAUAUAUGUACAUUUUCAACUUUAUAUAUUUACCUGAGGAGUAUGCAGCUAUAGCAUGAAAUUACUGGACUGUAAAUUGGAAAUGUCUUAUCUUUUAUCUUUGUGUUGAGAUAACAUGAGCUUAACGAACUAAAUAGACUGUGAGAGAGAUUUGCAUUUUCUGGUGGCCGAUGGGUCCCCGUGUCCAACCAUCCUGAACGCUGAAGUGACUUCCAUUAUAUUUAUAUGAUUAUUUUAUUUUUGUAAGGUUAAGAUUAGAGUUCCGUUUGAUACAUUUUGAAACGCUGUGUAGUUAUUAAACUGAUGUUGCUAUUUGUGAAUUAAAAAACAUUUUUCGUCAUGCACCCUUUUGAAUUAAUGAAGAAUUUACCCGUUUAUUGAAUUUAAAAUUUGAGAUUUUUCUUAGAAAA